GCGCUCCGCAGCGGGCGGGCGGGCGAGCAGGGUCCGCGGGCGAGGAGCAUGGCCGGGCUGGGCGGCGGGGCCGGCUUCGGGCGCUGCAGCCACGCCGUGGUGCGGGCGCUGCCCGAGUCGCUGUGCCAGCAGGCGCUGCGGGUGGAGAAGGGCGGCGCGGUGGACUUCGCCCGCGCCGAGCGGGAGCACCAGCUCUACGUGGGGGUGCUCAAGCACAAGCUGGGGCUGCAGGUGCUGGAGCUGCCGGCCGACGAGAGCCUGCCCGACUGCGUCUUCGUGGAGGAUGCGGCCGUGGUGUGCGAGGAGACGGCGCUGCUCACGCGGCCCGGGGCGCCCAGCCGCAGGAAGGAGACAGAAGCAAUGAAGAUAGUGCUGGAAAGUCUUAACCUCAAUGUAGUAGAGAUGACUGAUGAAAAUGCUACCUUAGAUGGUGGAGAUGUCUUAUUCACAGGGAGAGAGUUUUUUGUUGGUCUUUCAAAACGGACAAAUCAACGUGGUGCAGAAAUUCUGGCCGACACAUUUAAGGAUUAUGCUGUCUCCACAGUUCCUGUUCAUGACUCUUUGCACCUGAAGAGUUUUUGUAGCAUGGCUGGACCAAAUCUGAUUGCUAUUGGUUCAAGUGAAGGCGCACAGAAAGCCCUCAAGACUAUGCAGCAGAUGAGUGACCAUCGGUAUGACAAAUUGACAGUACCUGAUGAUGCAGCAGCCAACUGUCUGUAUUUAAACAUUCCAAACAAAGGCCAUGUCUUGCUUCACCGAGCUCCUGAGGAAUAUCCAGAAAGUGCAAAGGUUUUUGAAAAGCUGAAGGACCACAUGCUGAUCCCUAUAGCCAACAUAGAACUGCAGAAAGUUGAUGGUGCACUGACCUGUUGUUGUAUCCUUAUUAACAAAACUUCAGAAUUAUGAGUUCACAGAAUCCGUCCUUGUAACCGGCAAUAACGUACAUGCAAGGUAGAAGAAUCUAUACCAACACUUGUAUUGUUUUUAUUGACAAUCUACUGUACCACUGUGCUACUAACCCUUGUUUACAAACCUUUUGCUUUGUGUAUUUUUAUUAUGUCCUUAUAGAUGGUAUUUAAGGCUUGUGUAUGUUUUUGCUGGGGUGAACAUAACUUCUACAGCAUAUUAGUCCAAUGGGCUAGGAAAAGGCAAUUAUGAUAGCUAACCCCUAGCUUUAGUAAUUUAUAUAAUCUGUGUGAAAACUAUUUUAGAACCUGAUCAUUGGUGAGAGUGUAAGCAUCUCUGUUGUCUUGAAACCUUUCUUCUGUCUUACCUUUUACCACCCACCCUUUCCUUUCUAUUUCAUCUCUUCUCACCCUUCUUCAGUCUUCCCCCUCUCUAUUCCUCCCCUCCCACUCCCACUUUCAGAGAUCCAUGAUAUCAGUAGUUAAUGAAGGAAAGUCAAUAGGUUCAUGAACUUGGUCUCUUGUGUAGUAAGGAUGCUUUCCCUGGGACAACAGAAAUAGUGUGAAAUUGCCUAUACUUAUUAUCCUGAUUGGUAUCACUUUGCUGCUUCUGUGCAGCAUUGAGACUAGAAUACACUUCAGACUGCAGGUGGCAACCUGGGAAAAGCCUCUUUGUACAGGAACAUUCAAGGGGGGUGUUUAUUUGCUAGAUUUAAAUUACAGGAAAGAAGAUAGUUCAUCAGCCAAUCUGGAUGUGCCCCAGAGGUUCAGACUCCCAGUUUGUUUAUUCUUCUUUCAAACUGGGUUGGAAUGGAAGAGAUGUGUAAGUGUGCCAUAUAUUGAUUGCCAUUAAAGAAGCCCAUAUCUUUGUGAUCAUAAGACCACAUCCUAUGAAUGUUUGAGGCCAUUGUAGACAAAAUGUUUGCAUUACACAAGAUAUUUAGAAAUAUUUUUUAUAUCUUCAGGUGAUUUUUUUUUUUUUGGUCCCUACCUACUUUUGUGACAUUCUGUCCUCUUUUGGAGUACAGUCAUUGUUUCCUUUAUUCAGUCUAGUUCUAAUCUUCUGUAAUCAGAUAGACAACUUGCUACCAAAAUUCAAAAGAGAGAGAUUGUGAAAUUUGUUGAAGGGCAGCUGUUCCUGGAUUAUGCUCAUGAAUAAGGGAAGCUAUUGUGUCUUCCACAAGGUUGGCAUGUGUAUUCAAUCUGCCCUUUGAGCAGUUCUACUUGGAACAAUGGCCAUCUUUUUUUUUUUUAAAUUGCAUGAAUAUUUACUGUGGUAUUCAGUUAAGAUAAAUAUAUUUGUUUUAUAGCAGAUUCCACAACAUGCCUAUCCACUGAGUCAGACUUUCUUCACCACAGUAAAGUGAAGUAUACACAGUUGUGUUAACAUGAAACUUGUUAAAUCACUUGCAAACUAAGAAUGGAGAAAUCCCCAAACAGAAGCAGUGGUGGGAACUCUCUGGAGGUUGACAACAUAGUCUGAACAUUUUAUCAACUUCCUGGUUAUCCCCACCUUUCCUGUGCUACUUGUGGCUAGAUGCCAAGCUACAAUAGAAGCCAAGGGAAGGCAGACUCAACCACCAUAGUCUGUAUAGAAAGUAAACAGUUCAAAUUAAAUGCACACUGUGAUUGCAUUGCAUCUCUUGGAAACCCACUAUGCUUUUCUACAUAGUAAGAAGGAGGGAAAGACAGGUACUUGCAUCAUGACACUUCCCUGUGCUGUCAGUAUUAUGGACACCUUCAUUGAUGCACCUCAUACCAGUAGUUAAAGUAGAUCCAAAGAGGAGCAGCAACUCAUCAGGUCUGGCUGCUCCCCAAAAUAGGUGUCUGUGCCCUCAGUACAUUGCAUCUUAUGGUGGCAGGACAUACCACAAGAAAAAGAAUGCUGACUAGUAAAAUCUUUGGAAAAUGUGUUCAUAUCCCAAAGACAGCUAAACAGAUGUGUUGUUUUUGUGCAUCUGCAGUGUCUCUGGUUUUUCUGUUGCCCCUUCCUCAUCCCCUCUAUGUCAUGGUUUAGGCCUUGAUGUCAUGGUUUAGACCUGACCAGCAUGUACAGUCUGAAAGAGUAUAAAAAUGAAAUGGAGGCUCACUUUCUCCUAUGCUUCAGAGGAGUUUGUUAUUACAGAAGGAGAAUUUGAGUUCAUCUACUUCAGGGGUUCCCAAACUCUGGUACAUGUUCACUUGUGGGGGUAUGCAAGGUAUCUCUGGGGAGUAUGCUGGAGAAGUUGUAUAAUGGCGGAUUUACUUUUCAUUAUAAUAAUGAUAAUUGGCAUUUAAGGGGUCAAAAUAUAAAAUGUAUGCUGGUAGGGGUACACAGGUAGCUGGUAAAUCUGGAAGGCAGUAUACAAUAAGAAAAAGUUUGGGAACCUCUGAUUUUGUUCUUAAUUGUGAUCUAUCACAGGCAAGCUCUGUUAAAACAUGAAUAGAUAUGUGCACCAAAGACUGCCAGCCUUGAAAGACCCAUCCCCCUGCCUAUCAUCACAUGUACUCAGCUCUUCCCAUCCACAGCCAUGUCCUUCAGCUGCCACUCCCACCUCAAUCUUGGACAGUAAGGGCCCAUGACACCUAUGGGGGAAAGUCUGGAGCAGCGUUUUGGAGGAACUUCCAGCUCUGGAGUACCUCAGUAGACAUACAUGAGUGAGGCACGCUCAGUCCCAUCUUCCUCAAGACCCACAGUGGUUUAGGGAAGUCCUAGAUCUAACAUUAUAACAUUAAUUCAGCUCUGGAAGGUUAAUAUCAAUACCAGAGAGGUUAUGAAAGGGGAUGGGUCACUCAACAUGUCCCAUUUAUAUACUGUCCCUUUAAAGCAUCUAAUACUUGCCACUGUUGGAGACAGGACACUUCGUUAGAUGGACCAUUGGGCUAACCUACUAUGACUAGGGACAGACAUUCAAAAAGCCCGAGCCUGAAUUGAUUCACUCUUUACAGAUUAGUCUAAGCUGUGAAUCUUAAACUGAUUAAUAACUGGACAGACAUUCUCUAUUAAACUAGGAAAUACAGCCACAUGCCUACAGUGGCUCAAGCCAGAAGCUGGGGGGGGGUACUAAAGCAUGCCUGCCAGCCACUGCCAAAGGGGAGAGAAGAGAGAUGUCCUCCAAGGCUCUCAUCCCUCCCUGCUGGAGCAGAGGGGGCAUGGUCAGGCACCAGCUUGGGGCUAGCACAACAUGCGGGAUGCCAGCCACCAGCCUGGGGAGUGGGGGCAGCUGCUGCCAGGCUGAGGAGUGGGGAUGGGGGAAAAGUCCUUUCUCUGAAGCAAGCAUGUAUUGAACACAGCAAUUUGCAAAGCAUACAACAGGGAACUACCAAGAAUCCUCGCCUAAGCUAAGAUACAGCCCAGUAAAACACAUCGUACACAACUUAGUCUAACUUAAAAUGUAAAACAGGAAGACAAGAAUUAGUCUUACCAAGCUCAAGGGCAGAGUGUCUCCUUACAGCCAGGCAUUCAGAAAGGCUUUGUUUAGGUAUGUAGGUCUCUGCAUUCUUUGGUGAAGCUGUCUGCAACUUGCCUUAACUACAUCUCCAGCAUGUGUGAUAAUUGUCAGGUCUUUGCCAACACUUCCCACCUCUCAGUCUGGUUCUGCAGGUCUUAGCUCUAGGCUCACAGGUGCAGGGCUUAGAUCUGCACACAGGAGACUAGCUUGCCUCUCUCCCUUCGCCCCCCUCCCCCUGGAACACACUUUGGAAUUAAUCCCCAAGCCACAGAGACUUCAGCCAAACCCCCGGGGGUCCUGCGAGGGAGAGGGGAGAAAGGGAGGAAUUAACUCCAUCCCUGCCUGGCAGCAGGCAAGCCAUGCAGGUGUGGCUGGGGCUGGCAAACAGCAGCUGCAGUCCCCAGAGUUUGCCAGUGGAGGGGGGGAGAGGGGACAGAGGGAGGAAUUUGCCUCAGGGACCAUGGCCACCCCCUGCCCCUGCUCCAGCUAGAGAGCAGAGGGGAGGGGCCAGCCCAGCUCACUGGAGCAGAGAGCAGAGCUCCUCCCAGCCCAGAGAGCAUGGUGAGGUGCUGGGGGAGUCUGAUUUAAUUGAAACCAGCGAAGGGUCUGGGACAGACACUGCAUAAAUUGGUUUGAGCCAGAUCAGUUAAGUCUGAUACUGCAUUCAACCACUUUUAUCUCAAACUGGUUUUGGCCAUUUUCAAACUGGUUUAUGUGCACUGAAUAUCUGUUCUGUUACAGGUUUAAACCAAUUUCUGAUCACUUAAACUGGUUUAUGUGUAAUGUCUAUCCCUAGCCUGUGAGGCUUUCUUAUGUGCUUACAAAUUGGAUUCUCUUCCAAGCUGUCUCUCCCCCUCACCUUUCAUUUCUUUUCUCACACCUUUAACCCCACCUGCCUCUCUCGUUUCCUUAGUCUGGGUUUAAUUUUUUCUGUAAGUGACACUUGUUCAUCCCUUUCCAUUCUCCCUUCCUUACUCUUGGCAUUUCACUCUCAAGUACCCCAUUUCACCUUUGUCUUGCUGUGUGGACAUUAGCAGAGAGAAGCUGAUGGAACCACUUUACUAUCCUGAAAUCUGACAAAGCCUAUCUUGUCUCCAGAUGGAAGAGGUAGUCUGCAGGUGGAGCUGUAUCUUUGGAAGGAUACAAAGGUGACUCUUCUUCUGGUUUUUUGAACUGGAGGAAGGGAAGGGAUUCAGCUGUAGCAGGGUCAGGUGGUUUCUUGUGUUCCUUCUCACCCCGAGAACAAUGGAAGAGGUUGUGAGUGCUCUCUUUCUUCCACUUUCCUCUUAAAGAGGAGACUUAAUGAAGGGCAGUUAAGGACUUAGGGCCGACACACCUCUUAUUUUUACAUGUACCUUUCUUAGAAAAGGAAUGAACAGGAUCUGGGAGAUUUGAACUCCUUCAAGUCAGGAGGAGAUCUCUUCUGCUGUUGGCACUCUUGUGUGGCCCUGGCUCAAGCAAAACCACAACAACUUCAGAUUGUACAUUUGUGAUACAGUACACAUGGCCAGCAAGGCAUGUAAGCAGCUUAGUGUUCUUGCUUAGCACUCUUAUCUUUGUUGCCUAGCUGUAGAGUGCAGUUGUAAGUACACUUUUGAUGCAACAUGCAUAUGUCUAAUGAGCAUCCUGUACACCCAACAACCUUGUCCCUGAACAUUUUUCAGAUGCCUGAUGAGGUCUGGCUGAAGAUCUACAUAUAGGGAAAUCCCAAACCAAAAAAGGAAAUGGAACACUGAGUGCUAAUUGAGUGCUAUCCCCUGUUAACUCUGCCUUGCCAGCCAUCAGACCACAAUGUACCAGGCUGAUUUUUAUGGUUAAUAACCAAUACAAAAAUGUCUAAUUUCUCAGCCAAGUUUUAAUAAAGUAGUUUAGUACAAAAUAAGGGGAUGCAGCACACAUGCGAAACCUUUACUCUUUCCAGUAUGUCGUUUUCCAUUAUCAUGAGUUAGGAAGACCAGAGGACAUGUGGGUUUCCACUUUGACCAGAAAAUGAAUAUUGUGUCAAGUAGUACUCCCUUCUUAUGCAGUGAAUAUAUACUUACAUUCCGUAUCUUAUAACAAUACACUUGAUUUCUUCCAUUCUUGUAUUUCUCUUUUGCACAUAUAUAUACACUCAUUUAAGUAUCAUACCUAGACCACUGUAUAAAAGUAUUUUGUGGAUUUUUAAGGGAUAUGCAGCACAGUGAUUCCCAUGAAAAUGCUGCAAAACUCAUAGGGAACACUAUGUUCAGUUUUAAAAAUAAAAGUCCUGUGGAAUGCAGAAUGGUGAAACUGUCUUCACCAUUGUUUACAGCAGUUUUUAAAUGAAGCAUGGAAAAAUCUGCUGCUGAUAUUACUCAGCAUCCUAAAUAGUAUUUAAAUAGUCACAGCAGAAUUGCCUUGAUGCUGAUAAGCAAAAUUUACAUGGAAAUAUUUGAAGAAAGAUACUGAUUAAGGUUCUCUGUUUUGUUUUGAUUCUUAAUUAUGGAGAUGAACAGAUAAGAGUGUUAAAAAAUAUAUUAUUUAUAUAGUGACUGUGAACAAAAUAUUAGGAACCUCACUUGAACUCUGAGAGCAGUUUUAGAAGAUGUAUGAUGUAACUUAUCUAGAGUUGCAUGUGAAUCCUAUUAGUUGCUGUUCUACUGUGUGUUGUUCUGCUGAACACAAGUAUGACUUACUAAUCCACAAUACUGUUGAAUUCCUUUAACUUGGAAAACUAUUAUACUGUAAUUGUUUCCACUUCUUGUGCCAAAAACAUCAAUGCAUUCCAUAGCCUGUUAUAACUGGAAACAGUUUGCUUUUAUUUUUGUUUGUUGCAGUUAAUAUAUUUGUCCAUCACUAAGGAAUAAAGUGUCAGUUGUACAGUGAA